UUCUUUAUACACCUUUACCAAAUGUUUAAAACCAGAGUAAACCACCAGAAUUAGUUUGUCUCCGUAACUGCUGACAUCUGCUUUGCAACUAUGGCUGCUACAGCUCCACCUGCUCAAGCACCUCGACAUCCUGCCCCUGGGCCGUAUGGGGGACCUCAUGCAGAGGAUCCGCACCAACGCACUCGGCCUUUCUUCUACGUUCAACCUGCACAGCCUUACGUUCAACCUCCACAGCCUUACGGGCAACCUCCACAGCCUUACGGGCAACCUCCACAGCCUUACCUGCCUUAUCAAUGGCAGAUGCCCUACAACCCCUACUGUGGGUUUCCUGGGAUGGGUUAUGGCAUGGUGGUUCCCCCGUUUCCUCCCUCUCCAUAUGUCGAUGCCCCGGGCUACAUCAUGCCUCACACCCAGUUACACCUGGUGGACUACAGACGCAUGAUGAACCCACAUAUGGCUCCAACCGUGGCAUACCAGGCUCGCCGCUUCCGCUAUCAACAUGCCAACACACGGGUGAUGAUUAGCUCAGAAGUUCAAACCGAACCAACUCUUGGCCAAGGCCAGAUGCCCAUCCACAGCACCGCUAAUGGUGUGUCAAAUGGCCCAACUAGUUCGGAGUCUGGCAUUGGCAGACACUACACCUCGGCCUCAACCUCAACCUCAACCACAACAUCCACAUCUUUGUCAUCCACUGAGAUGAAGACCCCUGAGCGCUUGGAGCCAGUGGUAAAGGCCAUGUCACGGCAACAGCCAGCAGCACCUUUGUUGACUCUGCAACUCCACGAACCACUGUCAUCCAAGACCACAUUCUGUUCCAGACUGAGGAGGUACAGGUCAAGCACAGUGGGACGGUAGUGGACUUGAAGAUUGCCCAUUGUGAAGAGACU